ACCGAGGCUAAAUUAGAGCAACAAUAACCAGACUUGUAGUCUGUCAAAGGAUAGCACUGUGGUAAGGCGAGACAUGGAAAGGUAGGUAAGUAGGCCUUCUCAUUGGAGAAACCGGACGAUCCUCGCCAAGAUCCUCCUGAUGCUCGGACCUUGGCCACCAUGGACCAUCAAUCCACGCAGCAGUAUGAAUGCAUUGUCUUCGGGGCUACGGGAUACACUGGAAGAUACACAUGCGAGCAUAUCCAGUCCUCUCUACCAACUGACUUCAGGUGGGCGGUGGCUGGGAGAUCUGAAACCAAACUUCAACGGCUCGUUGCUGAUCUCAAACAUCUGAAUCCGGAUAGGCCGCCACCAGCCAUCGAGACCGCUAGCCUUGAGAAGGAUAAUCUGGUCGCUCUUGCGAACAAGACCAAAGUCCUCAUUACUACCGUAGGACCGUACCACAAGUAUGGCGAGGUGGUGAUAGAAGCCUGUGCAACCACAGGGACACACUACCUCGACGUCACAGGCGAGAUACCGUGGGUCUAUGACAUGAUCCAGAAGUACAGUAGUGUGGCAAGGCAGACUGGUGCUAUCAUCAUCCCACAGAACGGGGUCGAAAGCGCUCCUAGUGACCUGAUGGCUUGGAGUCUCGUUACGCAUGUAAGGCAAGCGCUCAACGUUGGCGUCGCAGAGCUUGUUCAAACGACGUGGGAGCUCAAUGCUGUACCGAGCGGUGGUACUCUGGCCACAGUGCUGACGCUGUUCGACUCCUAUAGUCUGAAUCACCUUGCGAAGACUGGCAACCCAUGGUCUAUGUCUCCGGUGCAACCAUCAGCGUUACAAAUGCGGUCGAGGCCGCUGAUAGAGAGGAUUACUGGUGUACGAGAUAUCCCGGAUCUUGGCACCUUAACAGACAGCUUGCAAGGUCCUUCCGACACGCCAAUUGUACAUCGUUCUUGGGGUUUGCAUGAUAAGGGGAAAUUGUACGGUUCUAAAUUCCAAUUCAAUGCUUACCAGCGUAUCGGAAAUGCUUUGUAUGGGUUUGGCAUACAUCUAGCAAUGGCCUUGGGCUUGCUCGCACUCGCCGUCCCACCAGUUCGGUGGCUACUCAUGCUCUUUGUGUAUCAGCCUGGUGAGGGUCCAAGCAAGGAGGCUUCCAAGCACGACUGCAUUGAAUGGCGCGCUAUCGCUUACGCUGACACCUCGGACCCAAACGACCCAAGGCGCGCAAUGUGUCGCAUGCGUUUCGAGGGUAGCAUGUAUGCUCUUACAGGGAUAUGUGUUGCUGAGGCCGCUAUCACCAUCGCGCGCGAUAAGACUCUGGCGCAUCAGCUCGGCGGUGGCUUCUUGACGCCGGCAACGCUAGGUGCACCGUAUCUUGACCGGCUAAAGAAGGCUGGCGUGAAGACUGAAGUGAGAAUGAUGCCUUAA